UGAAAAUUAGUAGAAUUUAUUAUAUUUCCAAACUUUUUAAUCCCUUCACGUAGUUAAAGAAGGGGAAAUAAGAAGUUUGGAGACUUGUUAAAAAAAAAUAAAAAAGCAGACUAGCUUCGGCCAAAACUCGAAAUUAAGAGAUCGAUGUUUCGAAUGGAGGCCAUUGAUAGUCGAGUCGCAUUAUUUUGUUUCGCUCUUGCUGUACUGAUUCCGGUCCUCAGAGCUAACAUUGCAGAAUUUGAUGAGGUGUGGCAGAAGAGAGCCGAGCAAGCCAAGAAGGGCUUCCUCGAGGCGUAUCAUCCCAAUCCCGAAGAGGUCACUGUAGAAUUUAACAAGCAUGUAACCAGGGACCCAGAAGGCAAUAGCACAAGGAGGAGCCUGCGAAAAUCGCUUGGUGGGCCUUGCUUGGCCACAAACCCGAUUGACCGGUGCUGGAGAUGCCAGCCAGACUGGGCCAACAACAGGAAGAGGUUGGCUGAAUGUGUUCUCGGGUUUGGCCGCAAGACCACCGGAGGCAAGGAUGGGAAGUUCUACGUGGUGACAGACCCAUCAGAUGAUGACCUGUUGGACCCUAAGCCGGGUACCUUGCGAUACGGUGUGAUCCAGCCUGAACCACUCUGGAUCAUCUUUGCCCGUGACAUGAUCAUCCGGCUCAGCCAAGAGCUCCUCGUGACCAGUAACAAGACAAUUGACGGGCGAGGCUUUAACGUGCGUAUCAUGAAAGGGGCACAGAUCACGCUCCAGUUCGUGAACAAUGUUAUCAUCCACGGCCUCCACAUUCACGACAUCAACCCUGGGAAUGGUGGGCUGAUCAGGGAUUCAGUGGAUCAUUUUGGAUUACGAACACGGAGUGAUGGUGAUGGCAUCUCGAUUUUCGGGUCGAGGAAUAUCUGGAUCGAUCAUAUAUCCAUGUCGCACUGCUACGAUGGACUGAUCGACGCCAUUGAGGCUUCCACAGCCAUUACCAUCUCCAACUGCCACUUUACAAAUCACAACGAGGUGAUGUUGUUUGGGGGAAGUGACAGCUACUCGGACGAUACAAAGAUGCAGAUAACCGUAGCUUUUAACCACUUUGGGCAAGGAUUGGUGCAGAGGAUGCCUAGGUGCCGAUAUGGUUUUAUUCACGUCGUCAACAAUGAUUACACUCACUGGCUUAUGUAUGCAAUUGGGGGCUCCCAGCACCCGACAAUUCUCAGCCAGGGUAACCGGUUCAUCGCCCCUCCAAAUGCUGCUUGUAAAGAGGUGACGAAGAGAGACUACGCAGAAGAGAGUGAAUGGAAGUCAUGGGCAUGGAGAUCGGAGAAUGAUUUGCUGAUGAAUGGGGCCUUCUUUGUUCAAUCCGGAAGCCCCAUUAAAAAUCUUAACAAGAAGGACGUGAUUAAAGCAAAGCCUGGGACUUUUGUGACCCGGCUCACCAGGUUUGCCGGUGCCCUCAACUGCGAAGUGAACAAGCCAUGCUAAUAAAGUACAACUAUGCAUAUGUACCCAAUGAACCCUGUUUUACAACAGAGGUUUGACAAAUAGGUAUUAGUACAGUAGAUCGCGACUGCUCUUGGCGUUUAUGCCUCCCAGUUAGGCAAGUCUUGUUCGAAUGGAGAUGGCAUAUGACAUAGGGAGAUUCAGAUGUACAAUUUACCCAGCCAAUGAUAUGUUGUCAAUGUUAUUGGAAAAAUUGUUUCUUCCAUAUU